AGAAAAAAAGAGCCAAGAAAUAUUUCACCUGCACUCAGUGUGGAAAGAUUUGACAAGCAAAUAUAAUUUUGAUGUUCACAUGAGAGUUCAUACUGGAGAGAAACUGUUCACUUGUGAUCAGUGCGGGAAGAAUUUCACUCAAUCAUCACACCUUAAGGAUCACACAAACAUCCACACUGGAGAAAAACCGUACAAGUGUUCACAAUGUGACAAGAGAUUCAGUCGGUCAGGACACCUGAAAACACAUGAGAGGAUCCACACUGGAGAGAAACCGUACAAGUGUGAUCAGUGCAGGAAGAGUUUCACAAUAAAAGGACACCUUUCAGCACAUAUGAGAGUUCAUACGGGAGAGAAACCAUUCACUUGCGAUCAGUGCGGGAAGAGUUUCACUCAAUCAGCACAUCUUAAUAAUCACAUGAAGAUCCACACUAGAGAGAAACUGUACACAUGUGAUCAAUGCGGGAAAAUGUUAUUGAGGGCUUCAGCCCUAAAGCAGCACAUGAAUGUUCAUACAAAGGAGAAGCCACAUUCAUGUUAUUUGUGUGGAAAGAGUUUUUUAUGUCUACAAAGUUUGAAAGAACAUCAGAAAAUACAUACUGCUGUGAGAGAGUACAUGUGCUUUGAGUGUGAAAAGACUUUUACUACAGCAAACUGUUUAAAACGGCACGAGAGGAUCCACACUGGAGAGAAACCUUACAAGUGUUCACACUGUGACAAGAGAUUCAGUGAUUCAGCAAAUCUGAAAAGACACGAGAGGAUUCACACUGGAGAGAAACCGUAUCACUGCACUGCAUGUGGGAAGUGUUUCAAUAAUUCAUCUGCUCUACAGAGACAUACAAAAAACUAUCACAGUAAGUAGAU